CGCCGUCUCGCAUCGCUCACCACCGACCUCGAUCGAUACCGAGUCUCUCUUCUCUUUGAUCGCUCCAGUAAUCCCCACCCCCCGACUCCAGCGAGAUCUUCGCCGCGUCUCGAUACUCCGGCCUUGAUUAUGGAUGCAGCAGGGCCGUCGUCGAAGAGGGUGAUUAUGUAUCGGGCGUGGGAAAGAAGGCUGGAAGAUGUCAGGAUUAGGGACGCGGACGUGAACAAGCUCGUGAUGAACUAUCUCGUCACCGAAGGCUACGCUGAGGCCGCGGAGAAGUUCCAGAUUGAGUCCGGCACCGAACCCGAUAUUGAUCUUGCUACUGUAUUUGAACGCCGGGCGGUGCUAAGGGCUGUGGAAUCUUUCUAUCUGAAGGAGACGAUUGAGAAACUCAAUAGGUUGGACCCUAUGAUACUUGUCAUGAACCGCCAAAUUGACUUCCGUCUUCAACAUCAGAGGAUGAUUGAGAUGAUUCGUGCUGGAGAAAUGGAAAUGGCUCUGCUGUAUGCUGUAGAUGAGAUUUUACCAGGGAUUCAGAAUAAUAUAGAUUUUCUAAAGGAGUUCAUACGGACAACAACCCUUUUCCCGCUCCUAGGUCCGUCGCAACGUUUGAAACUUGUGAGCCAGGUUAAUGCUGCCAUACUAACAAGUCAAAAUCAUGAGAAAGAACCAAAGCUUCCUAUCCUGCUGAAGAUGCUGAUAUGCAUUCAAAACGAACUGGAUGAGAAUGCUGCUUUUCCACUCGUCUGCGACUUGAUGACGACUGAACUUCCAGAUACUGCUUGUCCAUAUCAUCUGUCGUUUUAACCAGGCUUAUUUCUCUGGUGCUCCUGUAUCAAUAUAACAAAGUCAUAGAAAACAGCUUCAUCAGAUGCUGGAAUCUGGACGCUACAUGCACUUGGUGAAUUUGAUUUUGCGCAUCGAGAUUUACAUGUAGGGAUGUAGUGUUGAAACCACAUUUUUCACUGUUGAUCUGCCAGUUCGGCUAUGUGCCUGCUAGAGAUGGAAAUAUCAACAAGUUUCUGAUGGAAAAUGUUUU